CGGAUUAGGUGACAGUAGAUACUCAUUUUCAGAUUAACAUCUUCAACUUCUUCAACCUCGUCCCGUCCCUCCAUUUCCAUAAUCAUGCAUUCAACUCAUGUUGUUGCUCAACUAUAUUUAAAUCUUUAAACCCUAAUUUCAUAAACCCCUUUUGCUGUUCCAUUCAUCCAUUUAUGAAUUUGCCAGAACCAUGAACAUUCUCUCCCCACCCAACAAGCCCUUCUCCACCUACCAUGGAACCUGGAAUCCAUUGCUCUCCAACCAUCGCAAUAGGAACCUUCCAAAGCAGUUUCUCCUCCGUAGGUCGCUCACAGUGCAGCGUAAAUCCAAUUCCAACUCCUCUAAGAUCAGCGGUGCCAGCUCGGACGAUUUUGUGAGCAGAGUUUUGAAGGAGAACCCAAGCCAAGUGCAACCCAAGUACCUAGUUGGUGACAAGUUCGUUACUUUGAAAGAAAAAGAGAAUUUGGGUAGAAAGUUCAAUGUGGGUAUCUUUGAUGUGUUGUCCAAGAGGUUGCAGAGCUUGAAGCAUCAGAAAAAGGGUGAGGGAACUGAGAAUGAGGCUCAAAAUCAAGCCUUGGAAGAGAAAGAUUCUGUGCACUUGAGAGACUUGCUUAAGGAGUAUAGAGGGAAGCUUUAUGUGCCUGAGCAAGUUUUUGGCCCUGAGUUGUCAGAAGAGGAAGAGUUCAAUAAAAAUGUGCAGUCUUUGCCCAGAAUUAGCAUUGAAGAUUUUCAGAAAGCUAUGAGUAAAGACAAGGUUAAGUCAAUAACUUCAAAGGGAGAUACGGCUCAGUUCUUGAGCAGUGGUUAUAGGGACUACAUUGUGGAGUUGAAGGAAAUUCCUGGUGAUAAACGCUUGCACAUAACCAAAUGGGUUCUUAAACUGGAGAAUAGUGAAGCUGAAGAGAUCUUGGAGGGCUACACUGGACCACGAUAUGAGAUAGAGAGGCAUAAUACGUAUUGGGUAGGAAAAAUACCUGAGUACCCACAUCCUGUUGCAUCUUCCAUAUCUAGCAGAAUGAUGGCUGAACUUGCGGUGGUGACAUUUUUAGUCAGUGUUGCAGCAGUUCUAGUUAGUGGCUUCCUUGCAGCAGCAGUAUUUGCUGCUAGCACUUUUGUAUUCUUGGCUUGUUUCUACGUCGCAUGGCCUAUUGCCCAACCGUUUGUCAAGCUUUUCUUUGGAAUUGCUUUUGCAAUUUUGGAGAAGAUUGGGGAUGCCAUUGUUGAUUUUUUUGCUGAUGGUGGCAUUUUCUCCAAGUUUUAUGAGAUUUACACUUUUGGUGGCAUAUCUGCCAGCCUCGAUGCUUUGAAACCAAUUCUGAUUGUUGUUUUGACUAUGGUCCUUCUUGUUCGUUUCACCCUUUCAAGAAGGCCUAAGAACUUCAGGAAGUGGGAUCUUUGGCAGGGAAUAGACUUCUCAAGAUCAAAAGCUGAAGCUCGUGUUGAUGGUUCAACUGGAGUUAAGUUUUGUGAUGUGGCUGGAAUUGAUGAAGCAGUAGAGGAACUUCAAGAGUUGGUGAGAUAUCUAAAAAAUCCUGAGCUAUUUGAUAAGAUGGGAAUCAAGCCUCCACAUGGUGUUCUUCUGGAGGGCCCUCCUGGAUGUGGCAAGACCUUGGUAGCCAAGGCUAUAGCUGGUGAAGCUGGUGUACCAUUUUACCAGAUGGCUGGAUCAGAAUUUGUGGAAGUCUUAGUUGGUGUUGGCUCUGCACGAAUUAGGGAUUUAUUUAAAAGAGCCAAGGUAAAUAAGCCAUCAGUUAUAUUCAUAGAUGAAAUUGAUGCACUGGCAACAAGGCGUCAAGGAAUUUUCAAAGAGUCCUCAGAUCAACUUUAUAAUGCGGCUACCCAGGAAAGAGAAACUACGUUAAACCAAUUGUUGAUAGAGCUUGAUGGUUUUGAUACUGGAAAGGGUGUCAUAUUUCUAGCUGCCACAAAUCGUAAGGAUUUGUUGGAUCCUGCACUUCUUCGUCCAGGUCGCUUUGAUCGCAAGAUCAGGAUUCGCCCUCCGGGUGCGAAAGGAAGACUUGAUAUUUUGAAAAUUCAUGCUAGCAAAGUAAAAAUGUCAGAUUCUGUCGAUUUAUCCAGCUAUGCGCAGAACCUACCAGGAUGGACUGGAGCAAAAUUGGCACAACUGGUCCAAGAGGCUGCUCUUGUGGCUGUCAGGAAACGGCAUAACUCCAUUCUUCAGUCAGAUAUGGAUGAUGCAGUUGAUAGACUUACAGUAGGACCUAAACGUGUUGGAAUAGAGUUGGGAUAUCAAGGACAAUGUCGUAGAGCUACUACUGAAGUGGGAGUUGCAUUGACUUCUCAUCUGCUCCGGCGAUAUGAGAAUGCAAUAGUUGAAUGCUGUGAUCGCAUCUCAAUAGUACCUCGUGGUCAGACAUUAUCUCAGUUGGUAUUUCAUCGACUUGACGACGAAGCAUAUAUGUUUGAACGUGAGCCUCAGCUGCUGCAUCGCCUUCAGGUUUUGCUCGGAGGUAGAGCUGCUGAGGAGGUCAUCUAUGGACGUGACACAUCGAAAGCCUCAGUUGACUACCUUGCAAGUGCAUCCUGGCUUGCUCGCAAAAUAUUAACUAUAUGGAAUUUGGAGAAUCCAAUGGUCAUACACGGAGAACCGCCUCCUUGGAGGAAGAGUGCUAGAUUUGUCGGCCCUAGGCUGGAUUUCGAGGGGUCUCUCUAUGACGACUACAACUUGAUUGAACCCCCGCUAAAUUUUAAGCUGGACGAUGAAGUUGCAGAGAGGACUGAAGAGCUGAUACGUAAAAUGUAUGGAAAGACGGUGUCUCUCCUUGGAAGCCAUCAUGCGGCUUUGCUCAAAGCUAUAAAGGUUCUUCUCAACCAGAAGGAGAUCAGUGGUGAAGAACUAGACUUCAUUUUGAACAAUUACCCCCCACAAACACCAGUUCGCGUUCUGGAGGAGGAAGAUGAUCCUGGCUACCUUCCUUUCCCCAAAGAACAAGUUCGUGAUUUGGAGUUUGCCUUACAAUCUCAGUCAAAGGAGGAAGCCGUAUGAACCUUUAUUUAUAGCUGGGAAUUUGUUAGUGGCCAAUCAGUGCUUGUGCGUCAUGGAAUUGGAAUAAGCACAUUUCACUAGUAACGUCUUCAUAUAGGACCCUUUCUUCUUCUCUUCUCUUCUUCUUCUUCUUCUUCUUCUCUCAUCCCUUGUUUUUUAUUUGGAUUAAGUUAAAUUUUUGAAAUAUUCUCUUUUUGACGAAACUUAUAUAAAGCAAGGAUUUGUCUA